UUCUUCCUGUGAAUGGCAUUCGCCAGUGGUCAAAUUGAGUAAACAGACAUUUACAUUUGGUUGGUAACGUUACAACUAAUUUGUUGUCGCACGGUGUUAACAUGGCUUGAAUUAAAUAAAUGUAAUGCAUUUUGGUUGAUCCAUCUUCCCCUGGAUUUCGACAAGUUGUAAAAUAAAGACGGCCAAGGAAAGAGCGCGCGGGGAUAAUUGCGGGCUGUGCGUGUGACAUCACACAUAGCCAUUACUAGGUCCUCUCGGCAUUGCUCCGGUUUGUAUUUAGGGGGAUGGGGCCGUGCAGAGGAUGAUAGAGCUCUCAUGGUGUUGUACUUUAGUUCUUGGCUAAAUCCUCCCACUUCUUAACCGAACCACCCGCAUUGUUUUAUAUAUAGUACCCAUUCACGUAUGCACUUUGGCGACGUUUGACCGGAGAAAAGUGGAGUAUCCGUACGACCACGGUGCACUCUGAAAAGCUACAAAAUGUAUUCCAGUGGAGCUGCUGGAGCUGCUGAGAUGCUUGAACCACCUCACUCCUCGGGGUCAAUUGGCCCUGACCCCUCUGAUCCAGAUCCCCCGUCUCCCCCAGUGCCAGAGUAUGUGUUCAAACCCCCCUCGCGGCCAGACUUUGGCACCAUGGGCAGGACAAUCAAACUGCAGGCCAACUUCUUUGAGAUGGAGAUCCCCAAACUGGAGGUCUACCACUACGACAUUGACAUCAAGCCAGAGAAAUGCCCCAGAAGGGUCAACCGUGAAAUUGUGGAGCACAUGGUACAGCACUUUAAAACGCAGAUCUUUGGGGAUCGAAAGCCAGUGUAUGACGGGAGGAAGAAUCUCUACACAGCCAUGCCCUUACCUAUAGGCAGGGAAAAAGUGGAGCUGGAGGUGACCAUCCCAGGCGAGGGGAAAGACCGGAACUUCAAAGUGGCUAUAAAGUGGGUGUCCUGCGUCAGUCUGCAAGCUCUUCAAGAAGCCCUGUCUGGACGACUGCCAAACAUCCCCUUUGAGACCAUCCAGGCCCUGGACGUGGUCAUGAGACAUUUGCCCUCUAUGAGGUACACCCCCGUCGGACGUUCUUUCUUCACCCCUUCAGAGGGAUGCUCCAACCCCCUGGGCGGGGGCAGGGAGGUCUGGUUUGGGUUCCACCAAUCGGUUAGGCCUUCCCUGUGGAAGAUGAUGCUAAACAUUGACGUGUCGGCCACCGCCUUCUACAAGGCCCAGCCUGUGAUUGAGUUCAUGUGUGAGGUUUUGGAUUUCAAAAGUAUCGAAGAACAACAGAAACCCUUAACCGACUCCCAGAGAGUAAAGUUUACCAAGGAAAUCAAAGGUAAUCAUUCAUUACCAGGUCUGAAGGUUGAGAUCACUCACUGUGGUCAGAUGAAAAGGAAGUACAGAGUAUGUAAUGUGACCAGAAGACCAGCCAGUCACCAGACGUUUCCACUGCAGCAGGAGAAUGGCCAGACCAUAGAAUGCACAGUAGCGCAGUACUUCAAAGACAAGUACAAACUCAUACUGCGCUACCCCCACCUCCCCUGUCUACAGGUUGGACAGGAGCAGAAACACACCUACCUCCCCCUCGAGGUCUGUAACAUAGUGGCUGGCCAGCGGUGCAUCAAGAAGCUGACCGACAAUCAAACGUCCACUAUGAUCCGUGCCACAGCCCGAUCGGCACCAGACCGUCAGGAAGAGAUAAGCAAACUGAUGAGAAGUGCCAACUUUAACAAUGAUCCUUACGUGCGUGAGUUUGGGGUGAUGGUGAGGGAUGAGAUGACCGAGGUGAACGGCAGAGUCCUCCAGGCCCCAUCCAUCCUCUACGGAGGGCGGCAGAAUAAAGCAAUAGCAACUCCCAUCCAGGGAGUGUGGGACAUGAGGAACAAGCAGUUCCACACUGGCAUAGAGAUCAAGGUGUGGGCCAUCGCCUGCUUCGCCCCACAGAGACAGUGUACUGAACUCCUGCUCAAGGCGUUCACAGACCAGCUGCGUAAGAUCUCUCGCGACGCGGGGAUGCCCAUCCAGGGCCAACCCUGUUUCUGUAAGUACGCUCAGGGGGCGGACAGCGUGGAGCCCAUGUUCAAACACCUGAAGUACACCUACCAGGGCCUGCAGCUGGUGGUGGUCAUCCUGCCUGGGAAGACGCCCGUCUAUGCUGAGGUGAAGCGUGUUGGUGACACGGUGCUGGGCAUGGCCACCCAGUGUGUCCAGGUAAAGAAUGUUCAGAAAACCACUCCCCAGACCCUCUCUAACCUCUGCCUGAAGAUCAACGUCAAGCUGGGCGGGGUCAACAACAUCCUCCUCCCACAGGGCAGGCCCCUGGUGUUCCAGCAGCCAGUCAUCUUCCUGGGUGCUGAUGUCACUCACCCUCCUGCUGGAGAUGGGAAGAAACCCUCCAUCGCUGCAGUGGUGGGGAGCAUGGACGCCCACCCCAGCCGCUACUGUGCCACGGUGCGGGUGCAGCAGCAUCGCCAGGACAUCAUCCAGGACCUAGCCACAAUGGUCAGAGAGCUGCUCAUCCAGUUCUACAAGUCCACCCGCUUCAAGCCCACCCGGAUCAUCUACUACCGCGACGGCAUAUCUGAGGGCCAGUUCAACCAGGUUAGACUUGAGGUGCUCCAACAUGAGUUACUGGCGAUCCGUGAGGCCUGCAUCAAACUGGAGAAAGACUACCAGCCCGGUAUCACCUUCGUGGUGGUGCAGAAGAGACACCACACUCGACUGUUCUGCAUGGACAGAAACGAGAGGGUUGGUAAGAGUGGCAACAUCCCUGCAGGCACCACAGUGGACACCAAAAUCACUCACCCAUCGGAGUUUGACUUCUACCUGUGUAGCCACGCUGGCAUUCAGGGGACCAGCCGACCAUCCCAUUACCACGUGCUGUGGGACGACAACCAUUUCACCUCGGACGAGCUGCAGGUGCUAACCUACCAGCUGUGCCACACCUAUGUGCGCUGCACCCGCUCUGUGUCCAUCCCAGCACCAGCCUACUACGCCCACCUGGUGGCAUUCCGUGCCCGUUACCACCUGGUGGAUAAGGAGCAUGACAGUGCGGAGGGCAGUCACACGUCGGGACAGAGCAAUGGGCGUGACCAGCAGGCUUUGGCCAAGGCAGUUCAGAUCCACCAGGACACACUGCGCACUAUGUACUUCGCCUGAAGCAUCAGGGGCGGACAUUGGUGAGACAGACCCAACAGGGAAGAAGCCUUCUCUCCUCCCACCUAACCCCCUUACUGUAUCAGGUGUGGGCGUUAAGUGGGUUUGUCAUCUUGUCUCUCCCCGCCAGUAAGGGGGAAUGAUACCAAACAAAUUAGGGAGGGUUUCUUUUCCAAAAUGUCCACAAUUAUUUUCAAACAUGCAUACAAAACCGCUUUCUCCCCCCCUUCCUGGCCUAACCCUGGUCAUUCUAAGGUAGUACUAUGUAAAAUGAUUACUCAGAAAUGGGUUGUGGUGGAGUGGACUCCUUUAUUUUACAUGUUGUACAUUUGUUUGUAUUUGUAAAUGUGGGGGGAGAUACAUUUGUAUUACUUUUCUUUACACUGACAGUUGGAAAUACUUGUAUCAAACUAAGGGGCAGUAUCAUCACACUUUGGUGUUCAGACACUAUACAGUUUUCUGACGGGGUCUCCAGGGUUGAAAGGAGGUGGGGAUAUCAAAGACGAGAACGGUCCGAUAGGUUUAUAAUCAUUCUUACUCUUCACAACCUUUAUUUAUCAGCCAAUCAAAGCAAAGUGCACUGACCAGGACUUAAGUACACAAGUACUUAACAUGUUGUCUUUUCAUUUGUAUGUACUAUGAAUUUAACAGGCUUGGAUACAGUACCAGCCUCAGAGUAUUUGUCCUCCAACACUGGUGACCAACAUGUUUUUAUGCUGCAUCUGAUGACCGCUAAGCAAGUAAUUUUUGUAUUAGAUUUUCAUUAGACUUUGAAACUGUUAACACUUAUUUUUUAUCAAGACUUAUACAAAUUAAUAAUAUGAAAUUGUAACGACAGCUAUUUUUGCUGUCUUGCCUUUUACUUGGACUGGGUUGUUUUGUCAAUCUAUGGCCAGUGUGGCCAGCGAAUAGAUUUACUAAUAGAAUGGGACUGGUUCCCAACAGACACCUUUUGUGUUCUCUGAGCCACAUUACAUGUGAAGACAUCUACAUUGGGGGGGGGGGGUCAAGUCUCUUGAAAUGAAAUCUGUUGUCUCCUUUUAGUGUCCCCCUUUCAUGUAAUCUAUUAUUUUAUGAAUUUGUACAUAGAUGACUUACACGUUCGAUUUAGGCAUUUGGAUAUGUUAACCCUAUCUAGUUUUCUUUAGGCUUUUAUGGCAGCGAAAUGGUUUUCUCCCUACUGGGGGGGAGGGGGGGGGGGGGUGGUUGUAAUGCUGUCAUCUUGUAGUACAGUCGUUGAUGUAUGAAUCGGUAGAGUGAAGCCUGUGAUGUCAGUGUCACACGUGUAGGGACUGGACUGAAGAUGAGGUGGGGUUCUAUUGGGGGACAAAUGUUCCAGAGACUGCUAGAUAUUUUCUCUUUGUUAUUCCUCUGUAAAAAAGGGAGCAAUUAUGCUAUUCCACUAGUCAAGCAAAGUUUUUUUUUUUUUUUCGUCAAGUAGUUUAAUUGUGGGCUUUGUAUCAUAGCCUCGUGGGAUAUAGGGUAUAUUUUGAAUACGCUUUUAGAAGAGAAUGCUAAAAUUAUGAUAAUAGAAGGAAUUUUUCAAAACGAUUGUCCGGUAUGUAGUUAUAAAGAAUAAAAAAAUAAAAAUAAAUUUUAUGCAGAGCUUGCAUGCAGAAAUUGUAAUGCCUUCCAAAAUGUUUUUUUAUUCCCUUUUCUGUUCUCCUUAGUAAUGACAUUUUAGCAGGGGUUUUUCAUAUAGCCUAGAUUGGCUGGCUUUUAUCUCGCUCUUUUCUAACUAUGCAUUGUUUUUAACCAAGAGAUUUUAGCAGUGACCUUUCCCAAAUAGGAAUUUAGGACAUUUGUAGAGUAGUUUUUUGUUGCUUGGUGCGUUUUAAUAACGUUUGUAGUGCUUCUUCCCUAGACCUUUGUAAUGUUAUGAGGGGUUGUGUUGUCGUCAUUUGUAUUGUAUAUUUGAUAGUACAAAAAAUCGGUAUAUACUUUGUAGAACACACAUCACUCUUCUUAGCCAAACAAGAUUACACAUUUUAUACAAAAUUCAUGUCCUAAAGAAACUGAAGCACAAGAGACCAUUUUUAAUUCCAGGUGCUCGACUUUCUCUUUCACGAAUGUCACCUUAAAUCUCAAUGGACUUGUCCAAGAUGCUCUUCACUUGCCAUAAGUAUGGUAAUAGACGCUGAAGUGGUUUUGAAUACCUUUUAUUAUUAUUUUUCUCUACCUUAAUGACAUUCAUUUCUCAUUACCUUCAAAGUCAUCCGAAGUCCGACUGACUGUGGAGCAUUCUUAAAAAUCAAGUACUUGAUAUUUACUUGUUUUUUCUUUUCUUUGCUGGUCUCGCGAUUUGUAAAUUUGGAUACAUUUUUGAUUAUAGUGAACAUAAAUUCCAUUGAUUGGUCAAGCCAAGCAGGAAACCCGGACAUACAUUAUGUGCAAUUGUGUUGAAAUGGCUGUGUGUUCUACCUCUUGUUACCUGUUCAAGUGUUAUGGUAACGUCACACUGUUGGUCAUUUCUUCAUAAUUACACAGGAUAUUAUAUCUGAUAGGCAUCGUUUAAAUCUUACCUUGUCAUGUGUUUAAACCUUUGUCAUGAAUGACAGUCAGUGAACCUGCGUUCUGUAAUCAUAGUUUCAUAGUUCUUGUGUGAUAUCUUAAAGCUUGUUCAAGAUGUUUCCAAAACAAACAAAAAAAGUGGUUUGAGAACAAAUUAUUUGAUCGUAACGAGCUUUUUAUUUUAAUUGUUUUAUGCGCCAAUGCAUUAAUUUUUAGCACCUCAUUGCAUAUCUUUGGAGAUAGAUGGUGUUGCCUAAAAGACUGUUGUAAGCAACAUGUUGGUAAAGCCAAGGCUAACAAUUUAGCUGCUCACCCACAAUUUGAUGAUUAGUAUUGUUCAUUGACAUCUUUCUUUUAAGCUAUUUGCUUAAUACUUUUGAAUAUGCAACAUGCUCUGCUCCCAUAGAUACACAUGGGGUACAUAGAACGGCAUCUCCCAUGUUGCUUUAAUUGGGUUCUUUGAAUGCAGUGAUUGAAUGAAAUAUUGUUGUUUUUGGAAUGCAUCGUCUUAGCUCCCCUCAUUGUCUCACAUUUGAUUCAUGUUUGCUACGGUCAACUCAACAGAUGGCAGGUUUUAGUUAAUACAGUUCAAGUAGACAUGAUUGAUAACAUGAGUUGUUGCUGUGGAAACGGAUCAAGCAUAACUUGUUGUAGGGUGCACUGGUCAAAACAGCAUGUUUGCUUGUCCAUUGAAUUGUGAACAUUCUCCUUUCAAUAUGGCUAAAGUGAAACUUUUCAUACUACCGUUUUUCAUCCGUUUUCCCUAACUGAAGUCUGCCUCACCUUUUGUUCAUCCUAAACUUGUUUCUUGGGAGAUGUGGUCAUGUUACUGCUUAUUUGUGUUUUAAGUUACUUAUUUAUACACAGCACCUUGGAUUAUACCAGACCUGUACAGCAUUGCUUUUCCUGAAAAUAUCCAAAACAUUUAAUAAUGUUAUUUUGCACUAAAAUAAAAACCAUUUUGGAGCUGUAGUCUAGUCACUAGUUUGUCUGAGAGAAAAUGAGACCAGAUCAGCUGGGUUAUAUGAUGCAUCAUGAGUCUCAAUACCAGGCUAGUUUGUCUGAGACCAUACCAAGUCAUUGCAUUGACAACUAGUCCCAGAUUACACACACAUCAAAUUGUAUUGGUCACAUACACGUGUUUAGUAGAUGUUGUAGCAAAAUGCUUGUUCCUAGCUCCAACAGUGCAGUAAUAUCUAACCAUUUCCCAACGUAUACCCAAUACACACACAUCUAAGUAAGGAAUGGGAUUAAGAAUGUAUACAUGUACAGACGAGCAAUGUCAGCGGCAUAGACUGAGAUACAGUAUAUACAUAUGAGAUGAGUAAUGCAAUAUAUGUAAACAUUAUUAAAGUAGCCAGUGAUUUCAAGUCUGUGUAUAUAGGCAGCAGCCUCUGUGCUAGUGAUGGCACACGUGCACUAAGCCAGACAUUCAGAUGGUUACACCUAGGCCUGUUUGUCGAGAGGGUUUCUCCCAGCCAGCAUACAGUGGGGAUUCACUGAAAAGAAUGCCUUUUUAACGUCUUCGUCAUAUAAAUAACUGCCACUGGGUUGUGAUUGAAUCUCCUCCCAGAAGAGGGUGCUAUUCAUAAUUUAUUCUAUUAGUUUUGAGCUUUUGUAUUUCUAUGGCCAUGAAAAAGUUGAGGGAAAACCAUAUGCAAAACAAUAGUCGAAACUGACAUUUAUCUUACCAUGUAUUAGGAUGAUGGGUAGACGUCUGAUAGUUGGAACAGUCUGAUUGUAUAUCUUACUGGUUGUGUAGCUAUAGUCUGAUGCCAAAGUAGUGUGUGUGUGGAAAAAGGGUCCAGCAAGUUGGUGGUUAAAUGUAUUACCUGCGUCGUUGUGGUCGCCAGAAUUAGAGAAGUCGGAGGCAUCAAAGAAUGUGGCAGAAUUAGUAGCAUAUCCGUAUGUAGGAGUUGACUGCACACCUUUUUUGAUCAGAGAACACCUAGCUAUAUUUAAGCAAUAAAGCACGAGGGGGUUUGGUAUAUGGCCAAUAAACCACAGCUAAGGGCUGUUCUUAGGCACAACGCAUUGCGGAGUGCCUGGACACAGUUCUUAGCCAAGGUAUAUUGGCCAUAUACCACAAACCCCCGAGGUGCCUUAUUGCUAUUAUAAACUGGUGACCAAGGGGCGGCAGGUAGCCUAGUGGUUAGAGCUUUUUAGCCAGUAACCGAAAGGUUGCUGGAUCGAAUCCCCGAGCUGACAAGGUAAAAAUCUGUCUUCUGCCCUUGAACAAGGCAGUUUAACCCACUGUUCCCUGGUAGGCUGUCAUUGUAAAUAAGAAUUUGUUCUUAACUGACUUGCCUAGUUAAAGGUUACAUUUAAAACCAAUGUAAUUAGAGCAGUAAAAAUAAAUUGUUGGCAUACCCAUGGUCUGAUAUACCGCGGCUGUCAGCCAAUCAGCAUUCAGGGCUGGAACCACCCAGUUUAUAAAACGAUUAGUCUUUGUCAGUCAAAUCAGGAAUGUACGCAAGUGAGAUACAGUUGCCAUCAUCCGUAAAUGGUAUGUGUAUUUGGUCUUGUACAAAAUAACAUUAAAAUCAUGCACAGACUAGUUAGUAAUUAGUUAGUAAUUAUUGCAUCGUGGGCUCAGGCGCUUUUCUGGGGGAAAGACCGUGAAUAACAAGUAUGUUGAUGGGGGUGUUUUCUUGUAUUAGAAGGCAUAUCAUGUUAAUAGAUAAUUGGAACUUUACAUUGUAGUCCCAAGCCCUUGCAGGAAAAGGUGCUCUUCAUAUAAGGCUGAGACUACAAGUCCUAACAGAUGGUCUUUGUAUUAUCAAUAUUUUUGAUUAAAUCGAUGUUGAGCAUUUGCCACCUGAUUUUGUACUGUCUGAGUAUUUGUGGAAAACAAAUAUCAAUAACUAAAGGUUAUGAAUAAUAAUAGUAUUGUCUUAUACAUAAAAUGACAAUAGAUCCAAUAUUUAUCUUUAUCAUGCUUAUUUGAGUUGUUGGAGUGUGUUUGCAUGACAUUUUCAAAGGUAUUUGAGAUGGUUUAGCUUCUCCAUUGCUUAGCUUUACCCUGUAGUAGUUUUCGCUUGUAUAGCUUUGAUUUGGGCAGAACAUUGCCUAGAUGGGCUGAGAGUAGUAUAGGCUGGCUUUUCUAUCUUAUCCAGCUAAGGUAAUGGCUCCUGUAUUACAGAGGAAAGUGAACGCAAACAAUGUAAAUUAUAAAGCGGGUGCUAUCUGUGUUGAAACUAUUUUAUACUGUGGGCAAACAAAAAUAUAAAAUCGGAUGUGUGUACAGAAAUGCCGCUCUCCUUUACCCAUCUUCCCUUGAAGGUCUACAUUUGAAAUAACAUCCCUGUUUAGUAGAGUAACUUAUUUUCUUAACUCACAUGUAACAAUGAAUGUACCUAAGGCCAGUGUAUUUGUAAUAUUAAGUUGUAUCCACCUGUAAUAUAUGCUUGUAUCCAUAACUUUUUAUUAUUUUUAUGCAUGCUCAUUAGCUUCAGUCCACAAACCUUAAACUGAUUGACUUUAUCCCACUUUCAGGAGCCAAACUUCAGUCUUUGUUUUCCUAAGUUCCUUAGCAUAGGCUAACAUCACAUAUUGUCAAAUAAUUAAUUCCUCUUCAGUCAUCACAUUGAAUAAGAGUAAGAAACUGAGUAUAGUCUCAUACAUCUUGUUCAUCAGAAAGCAAAAUUUAAUAAUUAUGAUUUCUUAGUUAGCUUUCAAAUGUAUCACGGGAACAUUUAGACUUCUAUAAAAUUAAAACAUUUUUGCUAAAUAAUGUCACACUGGCGCAACCAUCGGUCCGUUUUAUAUUUUUUUCCUUUGUGUGAGGUGUUGUGUGGUUUUUGGCUUAUGCUAGUCUUGGUUCUGAUAUUCCACUACAGUACACACUAGAUAGUUUUAUGGAAAAUGACUAAUGCUGUCUCAGGCAACUAAUCCAACAUUUCAUUUUGUGUUGACACCUUUCUUGGAAUGUCUGCAAAUGUCAAAGUUCUUAAGAUACUUAUGAUCUCUAACAUGUCCUGCUAUGAUGAGCGUCCCAUAUCUGUCUUCUCUCCCCCUUGAGUAAACGGCACGAUUGUUUUAUAGUAUUCUUUGGUUGAGCUGAUUCCAAGCAUUAGGCCAGGAUUGUCGUCAUGCCAAGCUUGACCCCCUAUGAUCCACAGUGAUGCGAUCCUAUUUAAAUAGAGAACAGAGCCUUCAUAGCGCUUCACCAAACUAAUGCCAUAUAUGUGCAUUUAACAUGGAUAUGUUAUAUCCUUCUGAAAGAAUUGAGGGCUUCAGAAUGUCUUGGCUUUUUAUAUACCAACUUAGUAAACUACCUCAAAACGGUCUCGGGUGCUAGUGUUUAUCCCUAAUUUAUGACGAAGACAAAAAUCAAUUGUAGUGACCAAACAACAUAAGCCAAUACUGUGUAUUAGAUAGACAUUAUUUUACAUCCCAAAAAUAUAUUACAGAUUAACUUUACAUACUAAAACAUACUAAAUGUCUAAGUUCAAAGGACCAAAUUUUGUAAUUGCAGUUCAAGUCUCAGUGUUAUUAUAUAUGCAUGCGAGUCCUCUUUUUUUUUUUGAUAUAUAAAUAUAGUGAUAACAAACAUCACCAAUGAACGCUUAGCUAGCAGAAACUGAGUUGGCAGUUGUUCGCGUAGCAAUAUAAGCUGUAGUCAUGACUGGAUGAUAUAUUGACGUGCCAAUCGAAUGGCUAUUUAUUCGUCCAUCUAAUCACUUACUAUUCCUGCUAUAAGUUUUUGGUAGUAUUAAAUAUAAAUAAUGGGCUGCAGAUGGAGAGAGACUUCUCAAUGGGAUGAUGUAUGCAGAGCAAUAACUACUGAAUUCCAAGCUAAGGUUGUGAUUUGCUUGACUAGGUGUAAUGCAAGUCUCACCUGGUGAGCUACAUGAACCCUGCCUUGUGAUCUAGAGUCGACUACAGCAGGCCUCCGACUCGGUGGCGUCUUUCAUUCAGCCUUUAAGAGAUGACAAGGAUGUCUAAUAAAUGGAAUGUACUUGUAGCUUAGCAAACAAAUGGUCCACAGUUAAAGCUUUCUAAGGGUCUGACACAAUCUGCAUCUUUAAGUGAUUUUAUUUCAUUUUUUUGUUGUUGCCCUUUACCAGUUUUAAUCUGUUCUUACACCCAGAAAAAGGAAAAUAACUAUCAAACUAUUAAAUAUCCACAUUUGUAAUGUUUUAGAUGAGGCUAAUAUAUGUAUUUUUGCAUGCUACAUUUUACGAAGUGAAUACAUUUGAACUACACUUUCCUCAAUGUUUUGUACAUUGUGACAUGAUAUACAGAUGUAGCCUACUGGCAUAUUUCAGUCACUUAAGAUAAUCUGAUAGCCCAAUGGAAAGGUACAAAAAAGGUAUGGAAAUGAAAUUCCAAUUCUCUGUUAUUGUCAUCUGAUCUGAAAACAUCACAUGUUUUUAUGGUGUUGUGUGCCUUUUUUAGAGAUUAAUUUUCUACCUAUCAUAUUUGAGUUGCUCACCCAUAUUUGAUUUACAGCACCACAUAAAAUAAUUUCCACAUUAUCAUGCAGCCUUGAGUGAAGACGCUGCAUAGAAUGAUCAGUGUUUGUGUUUUGCACUUUCAAAGCAGUUAAAAAAAAUGCCCGCUUAAGGCUGGGCAGACAGAAAAAUUAAUAAAACACAAGGUAUUUUAUGCUAUCAAUAUGAAUAAUAUGACUGAAGAGCUUUUCUAAAAAGGUAAAGAUAUAUAUUCACGAAGUACCUCAUAAGCCUGACAAAUGCUGCAUUUACUUUUCUCAUUUUUUAUUUUGUCUUCAUAUUGUCCAAUAAAAUGUAAAUAUCCCCUCUAGGAGGUUUGAUUGUCACAAGGCUGUGCAUAUGCCAUGCAAAACCAGUUCACUGUCAAAACAUUUAAAUGGUAUUUUCAGAACCUGAAGCCAAAAUAAAUGGUUGUGAGAUUGUCAUGAAUGCACUUUUCUUAAAUACAUUCAUCAUCAUUCUAAAUUGUAGCUACAUACUUUCCAUGUUUUGCUUGUUAGGAUGCUGUGAGUGUCCAAAGAACCCAAAAAAUUGGUUUCAGUCACUGAGGAAUUCAUGUCACUUUCCAUCAACAAAACUAUGGCGACUCCAUACUGUUCAACGUGACUGUUGACUCCGGUAUUGCCAUGAAAGGGCUGUAUCUGCAACUGUUUGUCCUCCCCAUCUUAUUCUCCCACACCUUUGUCUUAAGAUAGCCUUAGAACUUCAAAUGGGGUACCUUCUAGUAUAUUUGGCCUUAAGUACAAAAUUAUGCACUAGAAUCCACACCUUGAGAAACCAUGUCAUGCAUGCGCCAUUGCCACAUAUCUACCUCCUAUGAAUGUAAGUGUCCUGGAGUUGCAGUCACCUGAUUUUAAUUUGUUAUGUUACGCUUCUUCUUUUUUAUGACAAUCAUCCUUGAAUUAUCAAUUAAAUACUUUUGAAAAGCCCUACAUUUCCUUAUGUCUUGACUUUUCACAGUAAACACUAUCCAGGACAUACCAUUUCUGUUUGAACCCGUCAAGGAUUGUUUUUCUUUAAAUGUCAAUGUACGCCAUUGAGGAGUAAAGUGACCAAAUACUCUUUGCAAAGGCAGUCCUGCACAGUACAGUGAACUCAAACCUCCCUCGCGUGUCAUUUAGAUUUUCAGAGUUUACUCUACCACAUGCCAAAACUGAAUUUGCUGUCAUCUAUCAUGGAAAGGUCUUUUUGGUGCUGGUUUAUUUGUUCGAUCCACUGCUAAGCAGCUGCUCCUUGUUAUAGUUGUUGUCGUAAAGUGUCAGUUUUGAUUUCUAUUACUUUUUUGUUAACAAUUAUGAUUACAAACACGAGAGAUGCUGUAAAACCCUGAUAGAAAAUGUGAAUACGUUUCACUUAAUAUAGUUAACUCUGGCUUGACUGUAAAUUGCAUUAAUUCAUAAAAAUAUCAAGUUUC